CAGGGGCGGGUCUGGCUGACACUCUAACCCCAAGGCUGAUAGCACAAGGCGGCGGCGGUGGUGAAGUGAAGUGGGUACCCUAUUGUUCUCCAAGCUUGCUAUUCUUCCCACGCUUCAACAACUUACACGCCCUCAACCAUGACAGCACCUCUUCUGAUUGCGGAAAUAGCCUCUAUUGUCCACUGACCCUUCAAGAGCCUUCUAUCAUUCCUGCUGCUUCGUUUACUUUAAACAGUCUGCCGUCCAUCCCACUGCCCCAAAGGUCGAGCAGAGCAACCGAACUUUGAGUUCGUCAACUCGACGUAGAUCACAGUCCUCGCAAAUCUUUAUUUCCCCCCAAAUUACACUGCCUACUAUGGCCACCAACGACCUUUCCAUGGCCGAUACGCCACCAUCUCACCGGGCGGACCGCAGAAUGAACGGCUCGCCUCCCCUCACCAUGUCGAAGCGAGACAAGAAACGGCAAAUGCUGGUCGACCGCCUCGCUUCUCUCACCGACAAAUUCUCGCGAGAUCGUGACCGAGUGUAUCGAGAGCAGCUCCAGAAGAUCCAAGUAGAUACGAAUUUGAUCAUGCGGGUUGAUGCCUACGCUGAGCGGCCGUUUGAUGCCCUUGAAGAGGAGCACCGACAGCUCUCCCUUAGCAACGGAGAUGCAGAUAACAGACCGGGCCCGCGGACACUCCUUGAGAUGGCCGGGCCAAGGUUUCAGGACUGGAUACACACCCUCCAGGAUCUCGUUGAAGAGCGGGAUUAUUACUUGGCCAAAUACAUGGCUGAUUUCGAGAAGAAGGCACAACAGCACAACAAUACAUACCUAUACAAGAUGGAGACUUCGAAUAGAGAACAUCGAGCGCUAUCACAGACCCUCAGAGACCGCUUGAUGAACGCCAUUGCUGCGAAGAAAUUCAGGCUGAACAAGGAGAAGGAAGCUCUGGAGAUCUCUGACGCAUCCGCCCUACUACUACACCCCAACCAAUUCAGCCUGACGAACCCUGCCAGCCCCGGUGGACCACAUGGCAAGCGGGCGACACGGCUACGAAGGGAGAUGGAUGAGAUUCCAGGCCUUGUGGACGGCAAGAAAAGAAAGCGAAACCCUGGAGAGGAUGACGGCUCGCCAGCGCCCCAACGUCGGGCAUUGGAUCCGACAAAUACCACCCCUCUCUGGCAGGGUGACCGUUUGGUUAUGCGCAAGACGACGGGACCCAUAUACAGCAUUGACAAGCUCUUCACCGACAAGGAACUCUCCAUGACCUACAAUGCGGCCGCCAUUGCCGCGCACAAGCACAUACUGCUCCACAAGCCGAAGCUAGAUGAGAAUGGCCAGAUUGUGUCCUCUCCAGGUGCGAGCGAUUCUGGAAGCGGAGACACCGAGGAGCAAGACGGCACAGACUCUUUGCCCUCGGCGGUUCCAAUGGAGCGCAAUGUGUCGCACGCAACUCGCAGCGCUCGUGGUGCACCAAACUUCACCGACGAUAAACUGAUCGGCUUGGAAGGGCUUGCAAACUUCGACUUCCCUCACAACCUCCAGAAAAUGGUGGGCGCCGACCCCAAGCUGCCGCCAACCUUCCCCUCGACGUAUGUCAAGGGUCCUACGAAGCAUUCCGACUUCAACACACCUCUGGCCCUUUCAGCUGAGGAUGUCACCUCCGACCUGACGGUCAUGGGCGCCCUCAAGCAAUACGACCAACAGCACGGCAGAGGCGCGAAUCUCGAGAACAACAAUGGGAGCAGAAGUAUUCUUGAAGCUGUAGCCUAUCCAGCCCGAGAGAACCGCUAUGUUGCCUUCCUCCGGGGCGACCGUCUAGCAGGGAACGAGGUGCGUCGCCGGCUGGGCUUGCCGCCCGAGGUGCCGCCCGAGAAACCGGCCGAGGAGCCAGUCCUCAAGAAGAAAGGAAACUCGGGCACAGCGCGUGAUGGGGUUGGCACGCCAUCUAAGGUUGCGCGAAGCGCUACGCCAAGGCAAUCCCCUGCCAAGGCUCUUGCGAUUGCGGGCCCGACAAGUGCUCCGUCGGCUCAACUAGGGGGCGCGCCUAUGAGCCGUCAAAGCAGUGCCAGCGGAGCCCCGAUGAGCCGUAGCAGUAGUAGGAAGGGCAGAGCAACCAGGGGAGGCUAGGAGUGUUUGGAGGAGAACCGCUCUGACCCAGGAUCGAUAGCGGCGGAUUGUGAACAACUUGACUGGAUGCCGGGAGGAGUUUCGAUUGCUUUCAAUCGUGCAUAUGCUGUUCACAUGCUUGCAUUCCUCUUCAUAUUUUGGUAUGCGAGGCGACUUGCCUCGUUGAUAUGCUUAGCGAAUCAAUAUAGUAUUACUUCUCAUGAACAGACCAAUGCAAACCAAAACCCGCUCCCAUUCCCAUGCGACUGACCAAUACCCAUAAUUCAAGG